CCUAAUCAGUUCGCCUCCUUUCGAAUUUCAGAAAUCUCGUGUACAUUCGGCCAUUUUUUUUUUCUUUUCGGCAUUUUCACGGUCACUUUCGUCCAAAUUUUCGUGCGACCAAAAGCUGGUUUUGUUUUUUGAUUGCAUGCGUGGACAUUGAUUGUAAUUAGUCUUUGCUUAGGUUCAGAAUUGUGAUUAGUUGUUCUUUUGCUUGUAUGUUUUUGCAGUUUAUGGGUUAGUUUUCCAACUAAUUUAGAUAAAAAAAAACAAACAAAAAAAACUUUACGGAAUUAGGGCUAAGUUCCUCUUCUAAUCAGUAAAUCGCCUCCAGACUUGGAGGCAAGGCGAGAUACUGAAAGAAGGCGCGCCUUGUACGAGGCGUCAGGCGAUGCAAUAUCAGAAAAUCUGAUUUUUUUCUGAUUUUAGGAAGAUCUUCUGGGGAAAAAAAACGAUGAAAAUUGAAGAAGGGGAUAAAGUGGGUGAGUGUGGGAGAGAGCCUACCCCAUUGGCUUUCCAAGAGCCGUCAACGAUGAUGCAGGUAGAUCAUGCGACAAUCUCUCCUUCCUCGGCAAAGCAUGAAACAAAGAAUGGAGGGAAAUCCCAUGUGGAGUUUGCUCUGUUCAAUACUAAGAGACUUGAAGACGACCUCCGUGCUGUGGGUAAGAAGAUCAAGCAGCACGAGGACAACAUAAGGUUUCUCAAGGCUCAGAAAAACAAAUUGGAUGAGUCAAUCCUCGAUUUGCAAGUUGUACUCGGCAGGUAUUUUUCAUCUAUGGCUCCUAGAACUGAAACGAAUGAUAGUUCAAAUCAUCAGAGUGAAGAGGCCAACGAGCAGAUCAUUCGGCAUGAAAAAACAGCUGCUGGAAUUUUAAGUCUGCUCGAAACCAAUCAUGGUAUGCAGGCUUCUCAGUUGCCUUUUACCAAAGAUGUCAUGGGUGUUGUAGCUAAGCUUGGCAAAGUUGAUGAUCAGAACCUCAGCCAGUGCUUGUGUGAUUAUUUAGGAACUAGGACGAUGUUGGCAGUUGUAUGCAAGACAUAUGAUGCUAUCAAGGCUUUAGAGGUUUAUGAUAAGAAAGGCAACAUUGAUAAAAAUGCUGGCCUUCAUGGGCUUGGUUCUUCUAUAGGGAGAAUCAUCGAAGGCCGUUUUGAUGUUAUCUGCCUCAAAGGUCUGAGACCUUACGUUGGCCAGUAUGUAGCUGAUGACCCACAAAGGAGGCUUGAUCUUCUGAAACCAAGAUUGCCGAAUGGGGAAUGCCCUCCUGGGUUUAUUGGGUUUGCAGUGAAUAUGAUACACAUUGAUGCAGAGGACUUACUCUGUGUGACUUCACAUGGUUACGGCCUUCGCGAGACUUUGUUUUAUAGUCUCUUCUCUCGCCUUCAAGUGUACAAAACAAGAGCUGAUAUGAUGAAUGCACUCCCAUGCAUAAGCGAUGGCGCUAUUUCCUUGGAUGGAGGAAUCAUUAAAACUACAGGGGUCUUUUCUCUUGGCACCGGGGGGGAGGUGGACGUGAGAUUCAUGAAGGCAGCUCCAGCAUCAAGCACGGUGGAAAGCUACAGUGAGUUGGAGAAGCAGAUGAAGGAGCUGAGGUGGAAGAAGGAGAAGCUGCAAGAGGACAUAAAGAGGGAACAAGUUCUUUUAGACCAUUCCAUGUUCAACUUCAAUAAGCAGAAACAAGAAUUACUCUCAUUCUUGGUUAAGGGUUCACCUCAAACCCCUCAGAUGCCAUCUGCUGCUGAUAAUUCCGAGGAACCGAAAACGGCUAUUCCAUCUGAAGCAGCCUUGGUGGAUGUUACGGUGAAUGCGGAAACGCCUAAGCGAUCCAAGGUCGAGGCUGCUGCUACCGGAAGUAAGGUACCUAAACAAAAAUCUGACGCUUGGAACCAUUACAAAAGAAACUUGGAUGGUAAAAGGGCAGUUUGCAACUAUUGUGGUACAUCAAUUAGUUGCACUAACCAGUCGAGAAUAUCUACGAGUGCGAUGUUAAAACACUUGAAAACAUGUAAAAAACUAUGUCGUGAAGAUAGUGUCGAAGAACCAGGUAAUAAAAAGUUAAAACAGACAACAUUGCACCAUCUGAAAAGUGAUUUCACAAGAGGAGUUGUAUUCGCGGGUCACAGUAAAGGCGAUGAUAGAUGACCUUGAGAAAUUUAAAAAAAAGGUAGAUUUUCCACCUUUGAUCUAAGAAACCGACCGUUUGUAUGCGUUUGAACUUUGAACUGACCAAUUGUUUGAAUUUGUAGAUUUUCCGCCGUCAAUUCUGAAGAAGGGUUAUUCAUCCAAUUGAGAUUUUGUAUGAUAUCAUUUCUUGUGCUUCGUAUCUGUAUGCUUUAACUUUGGAUGUAGAACAAUUAAUGGAAUCUAUUCCGCAGUGUC